CGUUUUAAAGGAGGUUACCUUUCAUAUUGGGUAUACUUUCAUUCCAUUUCAUUUUCCACACAAACUUUCUUUGUGGAAAUUUUAGUAUAUUUCAACUGAACAAUGGGCGCGGUUUCCAUUUUACACACGAUUUUCGGUGUUUUCGGAGAUGCCACUGGUUUGUUCUUAUUUCUUGCACCAACGAUUACUUUCAAGAGGAUACUCAAAAACAAAUCAACAGAAGAAUUUUCAGGGAUUCCUUAUCCUAUGACUUUGCUCAACUGCCUACUCUCCGCCUGGUACGGACUACCGUUCAUAUCGGAAAAUAACACCCUGGUGACGGUUAUUAAUGGUACCGGAGCAGUGAUUGAGGCAGUAUAUGUGUUGAUAUUUUUGAUAUAUGCACCUAAGAAGGAGAAAGCUAAAAUCCUUGGUAUUGUCACUUUUGUUCUUGCUGCAUUUUCUACGGUCGCUUUAGUUUCAACUUUUGCACUUCAUGGCAAGACUCGUCGCUACUUUUGUGGCUUUGCCGCGGCUAUUUUCUCGGUUAUCAUGUACGGCUCGCCCCUCUCGAUCAUGAGGAUGGUGAUCAGGACCAAGAGUGUGGAAUUCAUGCCAUUUUUUCUGUCACUUUUUGUUUUCUUGUGUGGUACAUCCUGGUUUAUAUUUGGGCUCCUUGGAAAUGAUCCUUUUGUCUAUGUAUGCAAUGGUUUCGGAAGUGUAUUGGGGGCACUACAGUUGAUCCUAUAUGCCAUAUAUAGAAACAACAAGGGGCAGAAAGAUGAGAAACCACCACCGGUGACUAAGGAUGGUGCCUUGGCAAUGGAAAUGGGGCAGGUCAAUGGAAAAUAUAAGGCGGUGCCAUAAAAUAAUUAAGUGUAGAAAAAUAUGUUAUCUACAAGUUUAAACGUUUCCCUUUGUUAUGAUCAAGUAUCUCUAUUUUUCUAUAACAGUGACCUUUCGAGGAAGUAGUGACAUGACCGAUUCGAAUAGCUAUUAUUAUCAUCAUAUGGAUGUUUUCUUAUGCCGUUUGUUACCAAAACUUGUGAAUGAGUAAACAUCUGUACUUGGUUC